AUGUCUAAGGUUCCCGAUGAGCGACAGCCCCUCCUCCACCAUGAGCCCGUCUCCCCUAAGCCUUUAUCUUCAGCAAUCAACCCUGAAGAUGGUCCCAUUCCGCACCCUACCGACCGCUCCGUCGAGCACGACACCCUACCCGAGACAGCUACCUUCGGCCAAAAUCUCACCUGGACCUCCGCUUACCUGCUUACCAUCUCCCGCAUCGUCGGGUCCGGCAUAUUCGCUACGCCUGGGAGCAUCUACCGCAGCGUCGGCAGCGUCGGCCUCGCUUUGACAGUAUGGAUCGUUGGCGCCGCGAUUGCCUUCUGCGGGCUCGCUGUAUCUUUAGAGCUCGGGUGUAUGCUGCCUCGUAGUGGCGGCACAAAGGUAUAUCUUGAGUUUAUGUAUAGGCGACCACGCUUUUUGGCCUCGACCCUCGUGGCUGUCCAUGCGGUGCUACUGGGCUUCACGGCAAGUAAUUGCAUCGUGUUCGGGGAGUACCUGCUCGUGGCUUUGGGCGCAGAGGUGAGCGCCUUCAAUCAGCGCACGCUUGCUGUCGGGCUUUUGACCGCAAUUACGGUCGUGCAUGGGUGCUUUCUGAAGACCGGCAUAUGGAUCCAGAAUGCGCUUGCGUGGGUCAAGAUUGGGUUGAUGGCUUUCAUGGCCGUGCUUGGCUUUGUUUCCCUUUUCAUGCCACUCAGGUCCACCCACGACAGAGAUGAAGCUCGGUCUUCCUUUACUCGACCUUUUGAGGGUUCGAACUGGGACCUCGUCACUCUGUCGACUGCUAUCUUCAAAGUCUCUUACUCAUUCGCUGGCUAUGACAAUGUCAAUAAUGUCCUCAAUGAGGUCAAAGAUCCUGUUCGAACUCUGAAGACGAUGGCUCCGACGGCACUGCUCACGGUUGCCGUCUUCUACUUGAUGCUGAACAUAGCAUACUUCAUCGUGGUGCCUUUGGAGGAGAUCAAUCAAAGUGGUGAGCUAAUCGCCGCAUUGUUCUUCGAGAAGAUCUUUGGAUCAAGCGUUGGAACGACUAUGCUAGCAUUCCUCGUUGCUAUCUCUGCUGCCGGCAAUGUAAUGGUCGUAACUUUUGCUUUGGCUCGUGUCAAUCAAGAGAUCGCUCGGCAAGGCUUCCUGCCUUUCGCGGAAUAUCUCUCGUCCUCGUACCCGUUCGGUGCUCCCCUUGGCGGCCUGGUAGUCCACUACAUCCCUUCGUUCCUCGUGGUUGUACUACCGCCGCAACAAGAUGUGUACGCAUUCAUUCUCGACGUUGAGGGCUAUCCCGGCACAAUCUUCGUCAUGGCGGUCUGCAUCGGCACGUUAUGGUUGCGAAAAUCUAGACCAGACUUAAAGCGCCCUUUUAAAGCCUGGAAGGUAGCGAUCUGGCUGCGGAUAGCGCUCAGCUCGAUCACCAUUGUGGCCCCCUUUGUCCCGCCCAAGAACGGAGGAGAUGUAGGAUUUUGGUAUGCCACCUAUGCUGUCGUGGGUGGGGGCAUACUUGUGUGUGGUGUCAUCUACUGGUACCUCUGGACAAUUUUGUUGCCACGAUUGGGGGGCUAUCGUCUAGAAGAGGAGACGGAUGUGCUUGCUGAUGGUACAACCGUCACCAAAAUUGUCAAGGUCAAGGAUAAAUGA